AUGCGACUGCAUUUCCCAUAUUUUCUGUCGGUUUCCGCUUCAGUCCGUCCAGACGCCAUUCUUCGCCCAUCGCAACCGGACGCCACGAGUGGCCUUGCCACUCCCGUCGCCGGCUACAGCCCCGACAAGUUGCCGGGCGACGGACGCACCACAGACGGCGAUGAUGGCAACAUCGUCGGAAGCGACGGUGGAGCCAAAUUGCGCGCGGCCGAUACAAUUUGGACGUCUCGUGGGACAGUCGGAGCCGGCGACGGAAGAGGCGAGUUGCGAAGUGCCGUCGAAUGGAAGUUCUUCCAGUUGGAUGUGGACCACGACCAUCGACUGUCAACUUGGGAGUUUCGUCCUCUGCGAAGGCAGCUGUCGAGUGGUUGGGUCGACCGGCCGACCAACCGAUUGACGAGCAGACAUCAAUUCGGUGCCGAUGUGGUCGUCAAUGCCGACGGCCUGUUGGUACCAUUGGAUCCGGACGGCUGCCGGAGGCGGCUGUUUCGACGAUGCGAUCUGGAUCGCAGCGACUGGCUGGACCGAGACGAAUGGUCCGCCUGCAUCAUUCGCGGUGAGCAGAUUGACUCUGUUCUCCUCUUCCCUGAACGGAUGAUGCCAUUGCAUUAUAAACGGCAACUGGAUUAUAAAACCGAAUAA